UAUAAUGAAUUAAUUUUCAUGAUAUUAUUAAUAUUUUACUUUAGUUAUUUUUGUUUAUAGCAUCAAAAUCUUUGCAAAACAACGAAAGUUCAAUAACCAGAUUAGAAUGGAAAGAAAUAUGUGGCAGCAAUGUCCUACGGGCAGCAACCACGCCGCAGCCAGUGAAGGCCGGGGCCUUAGUAAAAAAUUUGUUAGCUGCGGGAGUCGAACCCAACCAGAGACUGCUCUGCCCUCCGCAAAGCAGCAGCCCGGAGGGGGGGGGGGCUGCCUUGAUGCGGCUCCUGUUAAUUUAUGGAGUGAAUGUCGCGGCCAGGACUUCACUGGGCAGCUGACGUAGGACAGUAUGAAUCACUUCUCCUUCUGCUGGCGGCCGGGUCCGAGAUCGACGCCGAAACUGUCUUCGGAUACAAACCUAAAAAUGUUGCCACACAUAAUGGUCAUUACACAAUGGUGGACCUUCUGGAAUUCGCAAGAAAUUAUUUUCCAAAUUAUAUAUUUUUAUCAAAUCAAGACAAAUCAC